GGUGUCUUUUCUGUCCGCCGUACGUCGGUAAUCGUGCACGGGGAAUCAAGUCAAGAACGUCGUCUCGCCAUGGUCUUCGUCUCGCGUCGUGGUUGUCGUGUCCGAAAAAUGAAAAAUGUAAACGUCAAUAGUUCACGAUGAGAAAAGCACUGACGGUGUCAACAAUUAUGUGCUCUUUCCAAGGGAAAUUAUCCAUUUUGACCACUAAGAAUCGUCCGCGUUACUAGUGUUUGUUUACUUUUUGUGUGUGCCAGUGAAGUGAACCAAAAAUUGUCGACGUAAUAGCGCAUUUUCCUGCCCACUAAACAAGUGCCCUUUUCGUUGUGAAGGGGUUGUAUCCCCUCGACGGAAACAGAAGCUAGAGCAGAGAAGUGCAACCUUUCACCCUCGUCUAGUGCCAUCGUUGUGUGAUCCGCAAGGACGACGCCUCAAUCAUCAUGGCCGUAGACAAGACCGCGACUCGGCAGAUGAUGACAAUCACAUUCCUGUGCAUUAUGUGGUAUGUGGUGUCCAGCAGCAAUAAUGUCAUCGGCAAGAUGAUCCUGAGCGAGUUCCCGUACCCGAUGACGGUCACCAUGGUCCAGCUGACCAGCAUCACCGUCUACAGUGGGCCGUUCUUCAAUCUCUGGGGAGUCCGCAAGUACGUGGACAUCUCGUGGCGAUACUACUUCAAGUUCAUUGUGCCACUGGCGCUGGGCAAAUUCCUUGCCUCGGUCACCUCGCACAUCUCGAUCUGGAGGGUUCCAGUUUCCUACGCGCAUACGGUGAAAGCCACCAUGCCGCUGUUCACGGUGAUCCUAUCGCGAAUCAUCCUCCGGGAACGGCAAACCAAGGCCAUCUACCUGAGCCUGGUGCCGAUCAUCGUCGGUGUUGGCAUCGCUACCCUGACGGAGCUGUCGUUCGACAGCAUUGGCCUGGUCAGUGCCCUACUGGCAACGAUGGGAUUCUCGCUGCAGAACAUCUUCUCCAAGAAGGUCCUCAAGGAAACGGGUGUCCAUCACCUGCGGUUACUGCACAUCCUGGGUCGGUUGGCAUUGUUCAUGUUCCUACCGCUGUGGAUCUACUUCGAUCUGUACAACGUGAUGAAACACCCGGCCAUCACCACCGGCGAUUACCGAGUGAUCGCGCUGCUGUUCACCGAUGGGGUCCUGAACUGGUUGCAGAACAUACUGGCGUUCAGCGUGCUCUCGAUCGUGACGCCACUGACUUACGCGGUGGCCAGCGCUAGCAAGCGCAUCUUUGUGAUAGCAAUUUCCCUGUUCAUCCUGGGCAAUCCGGUGACGUGGGUCAACAUUUUCGGCAUGCUGGUGGCCAUCAUGGGUGUUCUGUGCUACAAUAGGGCAAAAUACUUUUCCCGAACGCAGGUACCGAAGGAAACCAUCCUACCGUACGCCAGUAUCAACAACAACAUCAAGUACCAGCCGUUGGAGGAUACGAGCCUGCUCAAUGGUGGUUCCCAUCACCAUCCUGGAAAAAAUGGCUUCGCCAGCAAUGGGGGAGGGAUGCCGAAUGGUGGAACGGCCGCUUACUUCCAGAAUGGGGGCAUCAGUAACAAUAGUAGCAGUAGUAACUCGAAUGGCAACCUGCUACUAAGCAAUAGCAAUGGCACGCCCAAUAAGAUGUUAUUUGUGUAAAUUAGGAUCGAAGUCAAGUUUAGGUAGAUUUUUUUUUCAUUUGACCAUUUAUCCUGUACAGUUGACAGUUUAUAGUGCUAUUGUGUAAUUGAAGAAUUGGCGAGGAACGAUCGUGAUGUGUAAAUUCUCUAGCUCGAAGGGCAUCGUAACGCAAUUUUUUUGAAUAGAGAUAGAGAAAGCGAGGAGAGGAAAAUGAGAAGACGCUAAAAGAGGAGUUAUUUAUUUUUGAUUCGCUCGUAUUUGUGUAAACUUAGGACUAUUUUUUGUGCAAUCGUUUGUAUUGAGAAUGGAACGUAACGCAUAGUAUUUCGUGUUUAUGAGGUGUGAUGAAAUGAUGACAUAUUUGGAAUGCACUAGCGAGAGUGAAGAGCACCGCUGGACGCGAACACUGAUUGCAAGAAAAAAUAUUACAAAUAAAGGCUAUUUUA